AGAUCCUGGACCCUCAGCUGCGCUUCUGUUGCAGUAAGCGUCCGGACUGUCAGGCGGAAACGCGCGGAGGGAGGGUCGCUGGGAGUGUGCGCCGGUGUCUCCGGCGGUUUUGUGUGAGAGCUGGAGCCUGCCUGGUCCUGGGGACUGUGUGCACAGCCGGAGCCUAGAAGAGGAAAGAAUGGCUGUUGCACACUCAAAAACAAAGUUCAAGGAAUCAAACUCAUGACUUUGUGCUUGCCAGACAGUUCUACCUUUUUCAGGCUGUCUGCUUCUGUAAGACAGGAAUCUGGAAGAAGACUGAACACUACUUGCAGAUCUAAAAACCAUGUUUCAGAGAUCAGUGAUCUUCAGAGAUGUUGCUGUUGAUUUCUCACAGGAAGAGUGGGAAUGCCUGGACUCUACUCAAAGGGAUUUAUAUAGAGACGUGAUGUUGGAGAACUAUAGUAACUUGGUGUCACUAGACUUGCCUUCAAGGUGUGCAAAUAAAGACUUACCUCAAAAAAAGGACACUAAUGAAACAGAAUUGUCUCAGUGGGAAAUGAAUAGUAGGCUCAAAAACUGUACGCUAGGUAAAAUCAAUUCCAGAAAUUAUUUGGAAGUCAAAGACAAGUUGGAUAAGCAACUAGAAAAUCAGAAAGAAUAUUUUAGUCAAGGGAUAAUCACAUAUGACAGAAUGUCAAUUUUCAACCAGCAUACUUACUUAUCUCAACAUCAAAGAUGUCAUUCUUUGGAAAAACCCUAUAAAUGUAAGGAAUGUGGGAAAGCCUUCCGUCGAGCUUCACACCUAACUCAACAUCAGAGUAUUCAUACUGGUGAAAAACCCUAUGAAUGUAAGCAAUGUGGCAAGGCCUUUAGUCGAGAUUCUCAGCUCAGUCUUCAUCAGAGACUUCAUACUGGAGAGAAACCAUAUGCAUGCAAAGAGUGUGGGAAGGCCUUUACUCAAAGUUCACAACUUAUUUUACAUCAUAGAAUUCAUACUGGUGAAAAACCAUAUAAAUGUGAAGAAUGUGGAAAAUCCUUUAUUCGUAGCUCACAACUCACCCGUCAUCAGAAAGUGCAUACUGGUGAAAAACCUUAUGAAUGUAAAGAAUGUGGAAAGGCCUUUACUCAAAACUCACAACUUACUCUGCACCAGAGACUUCAUACUGGUGAGAAACUGUAUGAAUGUAAAGAAUGUAGGAAGGUCUUUACUCAACUCUCACAACUUAUUCUGCAUAGAAGAAUUCAUACUGGUGAGAAACCUUAUGAAUGUAAGGAAUGUGGGAAGGCUUUUAUCUGUGGUUCACAGCUUUCCCAACAUCAGAAAAUUCAUAAUGGGGAAAAGCCAUAUGAAUGUAAGGAAUGUGGAAAGGCCUUUAUUCGGGGCUCACUCCUAAUGCAACAUCAAAGAAUUCAUACUGGUGAGAAACCAUAUAAGUGUGAAGAAUGUGGGAAGGCCUUUAUCCGUGGUUCACAACUUACUCAACACCAGAGAAUUCAUACUAAUGAGAAGCCCUAUGAAUGUAAGGAAUGUGGAAAGACCUUUAGUCAUGGCUCACAACUUACUCAACAUCAGAGAAUUCAUACAGGUGAAAAGCCCUAUCAAUGUAAAGAGUGUGGAAAGGCCUUUAAUCGUGGCUCACUCCUUACACGACAUCAGAGGAUUCACACUGGUGAGAAACCAUAUGAAUGUAAAGAGUGUGGAAAAAACUUUAGUCGUGGCUCAGAACUUACUCAACAUGAGAGAAUACACACUGGUGAGAAACCCUAUGAAUGUAAGGAAUGUGGAAAGUCUUUUAUUCGUGGCUCACAGCUUACUCAGCAUCAAAGGAUCCACACUGGUGAAAAACCUUAUGAAUGUAAAGAAUGCAGAAUGGCCUUUACUCAGAGUUCACAUCUUUCUCAACAUCAGAGACUUCAUACUGGUGAGAAACCCUAUGUAUGUAAUGAAUGUGGGAAGGCUUUUGCUCGUGGCUUAUUACUUAUUCAACACCAGAGAAUUCACACAGGUGAAAAACCAUAUCAGUGUAAAGAAUGUGGGAAAGCCUUUAUUCGUGGUUCACAGCUUACUCAACAUCAGCGAAUUCACACUGGAGAGAAGCCUUAUGAAUGCAAGGAAUGUGGAAAGGCCUUUAGUCAUGGCUCUCAACUUACUCUACAUCAGAGAAUCCAUACGGGAGAGAAGCCCUACGAAUGCAAAGAAUGUAGAAAGGCCUUUACUCAGAGCUCACAUCUUUCUCGGCAUCAGAGAAUUCAUACUGGUGAGAAACCGUAUCAGUGUAAGGAAUGUGGAAAAUCUUUCACUCGUGGUUCACAACUUACUCAGCAUCAGAGAAUGCAUGUCACAAAUAAAUCUUUUGACUACAAAGAAUGUGAACUACGCUUUAGUAAUGAUUCACAAGUUUUUAUAUGAAUUAACCUGAUGUUUUGUGAUUGACACACGUUUCUCUGGUCAUCCGUUAUCUGUAAACAAUUCUUACAAAUGGGAAUAUGGGCCACAUUUGUCUGCUAAAGUUCAGCAUCAGAGACUUUAAAUGGGGCAAUGGAAGUAUUAAUCAGUGUAGAAAAACCUUUCAUUGCUGUAACCUUAUUAAACUUUAGCAAAUUAAAAUAGAAAAAUCUGUUAAUACAGCAAAAAUACAAAAGCCUUUAGCCAUAGCAAAUGUCUUUAUCAACAGUAUCUUGGCUGUGCCAGUUGAUUUCCUUUGUGACAUUUUUUAUACCUUUUGGUUUAGUCAUUUAUAAUAUAAACAUAGGAAUAACUUUUUGGUAAGGUUCUUGGAACUAUUGCGUGUUAUUACAUGUGAAAGCUCUUAGAACAGAGCCUUGAACAUAUUAUAAAAUACUAGGUAUUAGUCGGGUGUGAUGGUGCAUGCCUAUACUCCCAGCACUUGGCAGGCUGUGACACGAGUAUUGCCAUGAUUUUAAGACCAACCUGGGCUACAUAGUGAGUUCAAAGCCAGCAUGAACUACAUAGCGAGACCCUAUCUCAAAAAAACAAAACAAAAAGUACUAUUUUCAUUAUUGUUAUUUCAGAGGCUAUGCAUGAAAGGAAGGCACUUAUGAGUGUUAUUAAUAUCAAGAAAUCUUUUAUAACCCAUACCACGUAUACUAUGCUUUCAUUUAGAGCUCAUCCAAUAUGAUAUAUGAGGAAAUUUAUAGAGUAGAAAGCCCUGUAGUAUUCAACCAGUGGAUUAUUGAGCACAACUGUUACAGAGUUUUAAGAAAAGUAUGAAGUAGUUUGUCACAAUACCCAGAUUCUUGUAUUUCCUACCUGCCAUCUCUGACCACUAUUUAAGAUUAUAAAUAGCCAAAAUAAAUCUAUAGGAAAUUUUUUAAAAUUUGAGAUUUUGAAUUAAAAUGAAAAGAAAAACUGACAUUAACCGGCUAUAUUGCAAAGAAAAAUGAGUUUGUGUCAGAGACUGUGUCCCUACCCAAUAUCCAUUUUUCCAUCUUUAAUAACAAAUUCUGUGAGAAGUGAAAUUUGUAUGAGUAAGCUAUCAAAAAAUUCUUUCCAUUUUUUUUUUCAUUUCCUUACCUACAAUGUAUUCAUUCUGCAGUCUUGCAAGGACUGUCAGAAUGUUUUCUGGGUAUUGUGGGUGGUGGAACAGAAAUACAGGAGGAAUUUUGAAACUCUGGUGAUUUUAUUGAACAGUCAUACCAACUCUGGUCUGCCUGCCUUCUGUAUUUCUGUAUAUAAAAUUAAAGUCAACUUCUUAUUGA